ACUGUAUGUAUUGUGAGUGACUGUUGGUUGUCAACAGAUUUUUUGAUAGAUAUAUGCGAUAAAUAAAUAAAUGAAUAGAAAUUUUUUGGGGAUUUUUUCGUAUCUUUAUAUUAAAUAACAAUAUUUUAUUUGCGGAAUAUUUAAUUAAAAAUAUUUAGUUUUAAUUUGAAUGUUAUCGACAACUGUUCGUAUUGUAAUCAUUAUUGCAAUGUUGGCCAUUGUAUCGGUUGUAUUGAUUGUAUGGUUAGUCAACACCAGUUCGGGAUUACAAAUCCCAAACAUUGAGUUAGUAAAUGGCGUUAUCAUACCUCAGAUAGGUUUAGGCACUUACCAGAUCCAGGAUGAGGCCACUGCUAAACGCAUUAUUGGAGAGGCCAUUGAUGUCGGUUACAGACAUAUAGACACUGCAUAUCACUAUCAAAAUGAGAAAUUCAUUGGAGAUAAACUCAAAGAUCUAUUUGACAGAAAUGUCAUCAAUAGAGAUGAUGUCUUUGUGACGACCAAAGUGUGGAAUACAUUCCAUCGCAAAGAUUCAGUCAUCAGGGGUUUAAAUGAGUCGUUACAGGCAUUGGGUCUAAAACAAGUAGAUUUGGCACUCAUUCACUUUCCAAUGGCUUUUAAAGAAGACACCGGAGAGUAUAUACCAGUUGAUAGUAAUGGUCUGACACUAGAUCUCAAUGUUGACAUUUAUGAGACCUGGCAGGGGAUGGAACAGGCAUAUCAUCGGGGAAUGGCUCGUAGUAUUGGUGUUUCAAACUUUAAUAUAAGUCAAUUACAACAUAUUAUCAAAAAUGGAUUUGUGAAGCCAUUGGUUAAUCAGGUUGAAAUCCAUCCCUAUCUAACUCAAGAGCCGUUAGUAGACUUUUGUCAUCAGCACAACAUAGUUGUAGUGGCCUACAGUCCCAUUGCCAAAGCCAACCAAACACUGUUCAAUGAACCGGUGCUUAAAGAGAUUGCCGCCAAACACGAGAAGACUGUGGCGCAGGUUAUCAUGAAAUGGUUAGUGCAGAGGAAUAUUGUGGUCAUUCCGAAGACAACCAAAAAAGAGAGACUCAUUGAAAACUUUAAUAUAUUUGACUUUCAAUUAACUGAUACUGAAAUGAGACAAAUAUCGGGACUCAAUAAAGAUUACAGAAUUACAAGAUUUACAAACGCAAGAAAUAAUCCAAACUAUCCGUAUGAAUGGCCCUUAGCUUCAAAAUAAUUAGUUUGUAAAUAAGUCGUGUUAUUAUUAUUGAUAAAAUUAUUAGACAUCUCUAGUUGUUAUAUAUAAACAUUAAAAUUUAUAUAAUUAAAAAAUAAAUAAAU